AUGCCUGCUUCAGAAUACGCACAAUUAUCUGGUUCUUCCACACUCGUUGGAAUGACACAAUCACCCAAAUCACCAAAGACGGCAACUGUCACGUCGGAACCUGCCAAAAUUUCUCAUGACUACGACUAUGAAUCGGACGACGAGAUAGCAGCAGCCAAAACCGAACAACAGACCGCAUCACCACCAAAGACUUCGAUUCUCGCCAAAGUCAAGGCAAAACUGUCGUCGGACUCGAAAUCAGCGCAGCCGACCGCUUCGGCCUCGAAAACGUCCUCGAGUAAAUCAACCACCAGGCAGCAAGCAAGGGCGGACACCGUCUUUGCAUACAAGGUCCUUGCCGAGACGAGAAUGUGA